CAAGAAACCAUCACAAAUGGAAUCCCAUCGAAAACUCUUGUUAAAGAUCCUGGCAAGGCAAGGUGCGUCCAAAUUGCGAUCGUAGAAUGUUCGAUAGCCAUGCACUGAGUGGAUAGUGAAUCCCAAUGCGCGUGCGGCAUGUGUCGUGUUACAAAACUUUGGCCCUGGCCAAAUCCAACAACAACAAGAGGUGACGAGUACUAUGUGCAGUGCGGCCAAUGACAAGGCAAUGAAGGUAGCUGUGACCCCUGGCGAUGACGAAUCCUUCAUUAUCGAUCACGACGGCACGCCGCCACUGACACGACCGCCCGCGCUACGGAUCUGUCGCAUAGGCGAUGCUGACCGCGGCGGGGUGCUCCAGUUGACAACAGACCACUCCCUUUACUCGGCUCAGUUGCAGACAAACAGGAGCUCGCUGGACCUCACCCUACUACGUACGGACGUUGUCGAUGUGGACUACUGCAGUGGCAGCCUGGAGCUGUUCGUGGUGCUCGCUAAUGGUUCGGUGCAGCGCCAAUUCAUCACGGGCCUCGGGCUGGAUAGGUACGUGCACCACCCGCAUGCCUGGCAGACGCUGAGCUUCGAUCCCCUAGAGAUUAUCGACGAAGGCGUCCGUAUACGUCGUGUCUGCUGCUCUGCCCAGGGUGUGGUCUUUGUGAGCGCCAACGGCGAGACAUAUGUGAUGGGCAGUUGCGGGGAGGUCUUCAAGGCGGAGCUGCAGCCUCGGCACAUGCGUCUCUACGAAGAAGGAAAGGAGCUGCUGGAUUUGGCGGCGGGAAAUGAGCAUUUCGUGAUGUUGGUGGCGCCCUACAACCUGGCAGAUGAUGUUCUACAAUUCCCGCUGACAAUUGCCAGACGGAGUCCUAUCCCAGCAGGACAAAACCGCACCCCUUGCAAGAUCCGAACCUAACAAGACAUCGUCAUCCUUCGACCGGGCCAUCAACAAGUACAACAAGGACUUUGACUAUGCCAACCAAAGGAGGGGCUACUAGAUUCUAGAUCUUAAGCGCCAGACCAAGAAUUUUCGACUUUCAGAUUUUCUGAGUUUGUAGUAUCCCUGUCCCGUUCCGUCCCGUCCCGUCCGACUAGACAUUACUUUCACCUACAACUCUGUCUUUCUAUAAUUUAUCUUAUGGCCUUAACUUAUAUCGCUUAUAGUGUAACUGAGCACAGUUAAACUUCAAGCAACAAACAAUCAAAUGGCAGCAGUUUGGAGAAUCGUUUCGCCAACUUCGGUCUUGGAUAUCGAAAAUCCCAAAAAUGAGUACCGGGUAUAAAAACUGGGAUAAGUAUGUAGAAAUAGUAGGCUGUGGAAUCGAACAAAACUUAGAAAAAAUCCGAACAGGGAAAAUAUUCUCGGAAAUAUUCAUUCAGUCCCCAGGUCUCGGCUGGGGAACAUCAAAAUUUUGAGGUGAUUUUUUUUUAGUAAGCUAAAGUUAUAUCAAGCAAACAAAAUAAAACAAAAAAACUCUCCACACUCUUACUGGAUAUAGCCGUAAAUCCAUAUCUACAUCCACAGAAAAAAGGCUCUGCUCUUGAUGGUACUGACAUUCGUCGCUUUGGAGGUGGGCUCGAAUGUUCGUGGAUCGCAUCAAUACGAUUAUUAAUGGAAUUUAAAGGCUUUUAUGGUUAAUAGUUAAAAUCAUUAAAAAGUUCUUUACCCAUU